AUGGACAUCAACCUUCAGUCGCACCGAUUUUACUUCCCCCAGAUCUACUGCGCUGAACCGGGGGCACAGCCACAGCUCACUGAGUUCAAAGUCAGUGAGCAGAGUAUCUGCCAGGCGAGGGCCUCGGUCAUGGUCUACGAUGACACCAGCAAGAAGUGGGUGCCCAUCAAGCCUGGCCAGCAGGGAUUCAGCCGCAUCAACAUCUACCACAACACUGCCAAUAAUACCUUCAGAGUGGUGGGCGUCAAACUGCAGGACCAGCAGGUGGUUAUCAACUACUCCAUAGUGAAGGGCCUCAAGUACAACCAGGCCACCCCGACCUUCCACCAAUGGCGGGACGCCAGGCAGGUCUAUGGCCUCAACUUUGCCAGCAAGGAGGAGGCCACCACCUUCUCCAACGCCAUGCUUUUUGCCCUCAACGUCCUCAGCGCUCAGGAUGGAGGUCCAGCUGUCCAGCGGCAGGUCCAGAAUGGACCAACUUCAGAUGAGAUAGAAGCUCAGAGAGCCAGGCAGAUGAUGGAGCAGCAGCAGCAGAUGCAGGCGCACAUGGAGCGGGAGCGACGGUCGUCCAACUCAGGUUCUCCUUUUCAAGGCCACCCUGCUGUGCUCUCCGUGGCACCCCCAGUAGUACCUCCGCCCAUGAACAUGGGUGGUCCUCCUCCCCCUCCACCGCCACCAGGACCUCCACCACCUUCAGCAGGGGCGCCCCAGCCUCCUCUCCCACCUCCACUUCCCAUGAGUGGAGGAAGUCACGGGGAUGAGCCCCCCGCCCAGACGGGUCUCGCCGCCAUGAUCGCUGGAGCCAAACUGCGCCGCGUUCAAAGACCUGAGGACAGCUCUUCAAGCGCCAAAAACGAUGCCAACCGAACAAGUGGAGGAAGCGGAGGACUAAUGGAGGAGAUGAACGCUCUGUUGGCGCGAAGAAGGAAAGCAGCUUCAGAGAAGCCCGAGGACAGCCAAAACGAUGACCCAAAUUCGCCGUCACCCAGCACCCGGAGUGGACAGAAUGCCACAGAUGGUGCAAAGAAGCCGUGGGACAGAGCUAACUCUGCAGACAGGUCAAUUGUUUCAAGGGUACGGCCCGUGGGGGGUGGCAGUGACACAGACUCGUUAGACCUUGACAGAAUGAAACAGGAAAUCUUGGAAGAGGUGUUUCGUGAAUUGCACAAAGUGAAGGAUGAAAUCAUUGAUGCCAUUAGACAUGAACUCAGUCGAAUUAGCACGACAUAAUCUUUCAGAGCCACUCCCCGACACGAACCACCUUUUCGUGGUGGUUCCUUUGCCCUUGCAGCAGCUGCUGUGGUCCUGAGGAGGAGAAGAAGGAGGAAGAGAAGUCAGGAACGGAGGCCCAAACUGUGACAUCUACUCAUCCUGUCCAGCUGCGGUGUUGAAGCAACGCAGCAACGUUGCUGUAACACCUCAGACAUGUCUGUGUAACGUUUGCUUUGUUUGUUUGGAGAGAUGGACGUGAACGGGGCACGCUCUCGCACUGAUUACUCUGAUUUCUUAACAUUUUCUGUCUGUUUGUUAGCCCAGUUCACCCCUCUGUCCUCGGCCUAAAGGAAAAUGGAUAAAAUUCUAAUGAUUUUAUUGGUUUUGCUUUUUUCACAAGCUUUUUAUUAUGAUUACUAUCAUUUUCAUUAUUAUUGCUAUCAUUUUUAUGAUUGUCAAUGUAAUGUUAAUAUGAGUAGUAGUAGUGUAGUGAGUGCAAUGGUAAUAAUGAGGAAAUGAUAAUGUGAAUAUGAUAGUAAUGAUAAUGUUGAUCAUUAUUAUUGCACAUCAUUUUAUGUCAGCCUUUUGUAUUUUAUAUUGGAUGUUUUCAUUUGUUUUUGUUUUAGAUACAGUUGCAAGCACAUCCAAAAAUGUUUUCUUGUCAUCUAACCUCAAACAUUUUUUUAAAGGUUUUUUAUCCUUUUCGCCAACACAGAUACGUGUGGAACCAUGGCAUAAAAAAAAAAAAAAAAAAACAGGCUCUGACCUGAAACUGAGGGUGGAAUAAACUUCUUUGGAUAUUGCGAUCUUAUAAACAAAACAAAACAAAACAAAAAAAUUAAAUAAUACACCAGAGUAUUUGUGAUCAUGUUGUUAAUAAAAUGUUUAUUGGCUGCAAGGAUAUGGUGAAGUAUUGUUCAUUUUAUUCUCUCCUUUUAUGACAAAGUGCUUCCUGGUUUGACAACAACAACAAGAAAAGA